CUGUGAGGCUGCGGGAGCGCUGCAGCAGUAGCCGCCUCAGCAGCCGCGGAGCCGCUCGCUUCACCUCCGUCGUCGCUGAGCCGCUCCCGGCCGAGGAGGCUGCAGCCGAAGCCAGGAGCCCUCAGCCCUCGCCUCGAGCUCGCCGCCGCCCUCCGAGGGCGCCCCAGGCCGCGCCAUGGUGAAGGUGACGUUCAACUCGGCUCUGGCCCAGAAGGAGGCCAAGAAGGACGAUCCCAAGUGCGGCGAGGAGGCACUCAUCAUCCCCCCCGACGCCGUCGCGGUGGACUGCAAGGACCCAGAUGAAGUGGUACCAGUUGGCCAAAGAAGAGCCUGGUGUUGGUGCAUGUGCUUUGGACUAGCAUUUAUGCUUGCAGGUGUCAUUCUAGGAGGAGCAUACCUGUACAAAUAUUUUGCACUUCAACCAGAUGACGUGUACUACUGUGGAAUAAAGUAUAUCAAAGAUGAUGUCAUCUUAAACGAGCCUUCUGCAGAUGCCCCGGCUGCUCGCUACCAGACAAUUGAGGAAAACAUUAAGAUCUUUGAGGAAGAUGAGGUUGAAUUCAUCAGUGUGCCUGUCCCAGAAUUUGCAGAUAGUGAUCCUGCCAACAUUGUUCAUGAUUUUAACAAGAAACUCACAGCCUAUUUAGAUCUUAAUCUGGAUAAGUGCUAUGUGAUUCCAUUGAAUACUUCCAUUGUUAUGCCACCCAGAAACCUACUGGAGUUACUUAUUAAUAUAAAGGCUGGAACCUAUUUGCCUCAGUCAUAUCUGAUUCAUGAACACAUGGUUAUCACCGAUCGCAUUGAAAACGUUGAUCACCUGGGUUUCUUUAUUUACCGACUGUGCCAUGACAAGGAAACUUACAAACUGCAACGCAGAGAAACCAUCAAAGGUAUUCAGAAACGUGAAGUCAGCAAUUGUGUUACAAUUCGGCAUUUUGAAAACAAAUUUGCUGUGGAAACUGUAAUUUGUCCUUGAACAGUCAAGAAAAACAUGGGAGAAAAAUUUAAUAUUGCAUUAUAACCCCACCCUUUGUAUUUUGUGCAGUGAUUAUUUUUUAAGAUCUUCUUUCAUGUAAGUAGCAAACAGGGCUUCACUAUCUUUUCAUCUCAUUAAUUCAAUUAAAACCAUUACUUUAAAAAAAUCUUUUCUUCUUUCCAAGUGUGGUGUCUGUCUUUUAUCUUGAAUUAGUAGUUGUAUGAAGUCAUAGAUAAUAAUACACCAUAGAUCUUAUGUGUUAGGAAGAAUUUAAAUUUCUUUAAAUCAUUUAUCCAGAUUUUUACGUUUGAAUUAUGCAUUUUCCAGAGGAGGGGUUAUCUAAAGAAAAAUCAUAUAUAUGCAUACGUAAGAAUGGACCACAGUGACUUAUUAGUAGUUGUUAGCUGCCCUGCUACUUAGUUUGUUAGAGCAUUUGAGCACACAUUUUAAUUUUCCUCUAAUUAAAAUGUGCAGUAUUUUCAGUGUCAUAUUUAACUAUUUAGAGUAUGAUUUCCACCUUGAUGUUUUAAUAUCCUAGACAUCUGCUGUAAUAAUAUUUUAGAAAAUGUUUGGAAUUUAAGAAAUAACUUGUGUUACUAAUUUGUAUAACCCAUAUCUGUGCAAUGGAAUAUAAAUAUCACAAAGUUGUUUGACUAAAA